AUGGCAUGGAUGCUCCAUGAUCAGCUAUUAGCUGCUCAUCAGCAUCUGUCGCAUUCACAGCAAGCUCGUCCGCAAGCCCCUGCCGCACAACCUCCCCACAUGCAACCCAACACGACAAGUCCUCGCGACCAAAACAAUAUUGAUCCAGCGAUUUCCGGGGCAGCCAUGCUUAGUGCUCCACCCCAGACUCCUCCCCAACCAGAGCCUACAGGGCAAGAGUCUCCUAAGACGUACGGCAAGCGACCAUUGUCUACCUCCAAGCGUGCCGCCCAAAACCGUGCGGCGCAGAGGGCAUUCCGACAGCGCAAAGAGAGCUACAUUCGCAAGUUGGAGGAGCAAGUGAAGGAGUUCGACCGUAUGUCGGAUGGCUACAAAGCCCUGCAGACUGAGAACUAUCAGCUCCGAGAGUACAUUAUAAACCUGCAGUCUCGGCUAUUGGACUCUCAGGGCGAGGUCCCAGAACUGCCAGGAAAUAUCGAUCUAAGCCAGCCGCGGGCGGACUUAAAUGUCGCGCCCCAUGGCACUGGCGCUGCAUCGGCCGCUUCUGGACCUGCGUCCUCGUCGACAGGCCCUCAACAAUCUCAGCCUAACCAGAAUCAGGCUGCCGCUUCUAAUGACGACAUGAAUUCUCUGAACCGUAUCGCGGUUGCUGGUCUCGGAAUGCGCAAGCAUCCCAACGAAGAGGCGAAUUACUUGGGGAACAACUUUGCAGCCCGCCGCACUCGCGCGGACGAGCAUCAACAUGAUGGUUCAGAGACGACCAAGACGGAGCCUACACAUGGGCUUCCUAUCGUAUCAUGA